GCCUGUGGGCUCUAGGGGGCGUGGUCUCCGAUGGGCGGGAUGCCCACGCGCUCCGUCCCCUGUCGCAGGGGCUGCUGGGCCACGCGACGCGGCUUAGACCAGAGCCCAGCGAGCAGCAUCCAGAAGAUGUGGCGACGGUCCCAGAUCUGCCACUUCCACUCCACCCUGCUGCAGAGCCGCCUGAAGCCCUGGCCAGCACCUACCGUGUUCUUCAGGCGAACACUGACAGGCCCACCCCUGAGAUGGUCCUCCAGACCCAAGCCCCUGUGGAAGAAGAUGCUUUCUGUCACAGCACUGGGGGUGCCUCUGUUUCUUGGUGUCCGCUAUGUCACAGCAGAACCUCAGGAGAAGAGGCAGAUGCGGCUGAUGGUGGAUGGCAUCGGGCGCUUUGUCAGGUCUCUAAAGGUCGGCCUGCAGAUCUCCCUGGACUACUGGUGGUGCAGACACAUUGUUCUAGGAGGAGUGGAAGAGAACAGCCCGGAGUACUCAGAGGUGAUGUCUGCGUGUCACCAGCGAGCAGCUGAUGCCCUGUUGAUGGGGGCCAUCAGAAAUGGGGGCCUCUAUGUGAAGCUGGGCCAGGGGCUAUGCUCUUUCAACCACCUGCUGCCCCCUGAGUACAUCAGGACCCUUCGGGUGCUGGAGGACAAAGCCUUAAUACGGGGCUUCCAGGAGGUGGAAGAGCUGUUCCUGGAGGACUUCCAGGCACCACCCCACAAGCUCUUCAAGGAGUUUGAUUAUGAGCCCAUUGCCGCCGCUAGCCUGGCCCAGGUGCACCGUGCUUGGCUGCACGACGGCACAGCCGUGGCUGUGAAGGUGCAGUACAUUGACCUUCGGGACCGAUUUGACGGGGACAUCUACACCUUGGAGCUGCUGCUGCGACUGGUGGAACUCAUGCACCCCAGCUUUGGCUUUAGCUGGGUGCUCCAGGACCUGAAGGGGACCCUAGCCCAGGAGCUGGACUUUGAGAACGAGGGCCGGAAUGCUGAGCGCUGUGCACAGGAGCUGCAGCACUUCAGCUACAUCAUGGUCCCCCGGGUGUACUGGGCCCUGUCCAGCAAGCGUGUGUUGACGGCUGAAUUCUGCGAGGGCUGCAAGGUCAACGAUGUAGAGGCCAUCAAGUCCAUGGGGCUGGCAGUGCAGGACAUUGCAGAAAAGCUGAUCCAGGCUUUUGGGGAACAGAUAUUUUACACCGGCUUCAUCCACUCGGACCCUCACCCUGGCAAUGUUCUGGUGCGGAAAGGCCCAGAUGGGAAAGCACAGCUGGUGCUGCUGGAUCAUGGACUCUACCAGUACCUGGAUGAGAAGCAGCGGGCAGCCCUGUGCCAGCUGUGGAGGGCCAUCAUCCUAAGGGACGAUGCAGCCAUGAAGGCCAACGCAGCUGCACUUGGGGUGCAAGGUGAGGCAGGGUGGUGGCGUUGCUGGGUGGGGCGCAGCCUGACCCCACCCUCAGAUUACUUCCUGUUCUCGGAGGUGCUCAUGCAGAGGCCUGUGCGCCUGGGGCAGCUGUGGCGCUCACACCUGCUGAGCCACAAGGAGGCCGCCUACAUGCAGGAUAUGGCUCGCGAGCACUUUGAGGACAUCAUGGGAGUGCUCAAGGCCCUGCCGAGGCCCAUGCUGCUUGUGCUGCGCAACAUCAAUACCGUGCGCGCCAUCAACAGCACCCUGGGCUCCCCUGUGGACCGCUACUUUGUCAUGGGCAAGAGUGCUGUCAGGAGCUGGAGCCGCCUGAUGAGUACCGCAUACCAGAAUGUCUAUGGUGCCAGCCUCCUGCGCCACAUCAGGGUCUUCUGGGAGACGUUUAAGUUUGAAGUGGUCCUGAGGCUGGAGACUUUGUCCAUGCGUUUCACCACCUUCCUGAUUCGAGCCCUGGUCUACCUGGGAAUUGUGGAGGAGACCGAAGGACUGUACGAGUACCUGGAGGCCUGAGGAAGCUCAAGCCGCAGGACGCUGAGCUAUAGCCCAGGGCCAAGGACCACCCUGCCUCAGGCCCAUGGAGCUUCCAGGGCCAGAGAAGUGGAUGCCCCAGGACCUGGGGUGCUGGAGCAACUGUGGUCUGGAGUGGGGAGCAUGGUGCAGCUCUCCACACUCCCUGCAAUGACCACACACUCUCCUUAAAUCAGUCCAAAAAAUC